GCCCAAACAUCAUGUAACUGUGCUUGGUAGAGCAUACGAUCCUCUUGCUCCAUCCUCAGAACGACGACGAUCAAAGUCCACGAUGGUACCCCACCUACCAACCUACACCCGCACCAACGCAUCUACUCCGACCCCCUCCGGAUCACAUACGGCCACCUCGACAACCCCUCCUCCGGAUGCUCAGCAAGCAGGCCACCAAGUCAAGGUCUUGAGACUGAGAGGUGGGCCGGUCAGUAGGAGAAGGGUCGUCUGGGAUGAAGAUGUUGUUGACAAUGAACAUAUGGGGAAGAAGAGCAGUAAGAUCUGCUGUAUCUAUCAUAAACCGAGGAAAUUCGACGAAUCGUCCUCGGAAUCAUCCGGCUCGAGUUCCAGCUCAGGCUCCGACGAUGAAGGAGGCCGACCUGUGGGACGAGGGAAUGGCGACCUGCCGAGCCCACGGAGGAGGAAGAAGGAGGAGAGUGGAAGCGAGACUGAUAGCGAGAGUGAGGAGGAUGGACCGAGGAGGACUUUGGGUGGGAAGGGAAAGGGGAAAGAGAAGGGGAAAGGACGGGCGCAUGUGCAUGGCAACGGGUGUGACCACGAACACGACCACGGUCAUAAAUCCUCCGCCCAGGCCUCCUCUUCUGCUACUCCCACUCUCGUACAAGCACAACCGGCCGAUGGUAUCAACGAAGAGGAGGACGAUACCGACCCAACCGAGGUGGACGUCGCCUGGACCCGAAAGAUCAGGGAAAAACAGACAUCGCACGUCCGAAGGGUCAUGCAAGGGGAAGACACCGAUAACGACUCCACCUCUUCCGCUUCUUCCACUUCUGGGCGAGAUGCGGGCAGAGGGGAGAAGGUGGAGAGGAAGAAGAGGCGAAAGCCGAAGCCUUUGGUGAAGGCUAAACCUAAUCGGUACGAGGUCGGGGUGGAAUGAAGGGGUAUGAUCGGAUCGAGUGAUAAAUGCUCGACAAGAGCAGGAUGGAGGUGAAGGAGAGGUAGGGUAGAGAUAGACGUCUUUUGUAGCAUCCCUGGUGUUUGUAUCGAGUAUGACCGGAAUUGUCCUCGAGCUGCAUAUCCUUCAGAAGGCAAGA